AUGAUUCGAAAGGAUCUAAAUAGUCCAUCAAUGUAUGAAGCAGAUAUUGGUAUGAGUAGUCUUUCAUGUUUUAUAAAUAGUGAUCUUACACAUGAUUUAGCUAAUGAUAUAAUGACGCGUAUGACAUCAACAAAACCAUAUAUUCCAUUUCCACGUUUAAAAGAAAAACUUGAAGAUUCCGAUUCAGGUGUACAAGCAGCUGCUGUGAAUAUUAUUUGUGAAUUAGCUAGACGUAAUCCAAAAAAUGAUCUUGCUUUAGCUCCAUUAAAAUAUCUUGGUUUACUUUCUAUGUCGAAAAUCUUACAUACAUAUCCAAAAAGUGUUCAAAUACAUAGUGAUUUAAUAAUGUGUUGUCUUGAUGAUAAAGAUGAAUCAAUUCAUUUAUGUGCACUUGAUCUUCUUUCUGGAAUGGCAAUUCUUCUCGAAAAUGCUUAUGUUGUUAUUCAUGAUUCAAAUUCUACAACUGUCUCCGAAGUUUUAUAUGCUGCUGCAUGGAUUUGUAGUGAAUUUUGUUCUGAAGAUGGAUCGAUAAUAACAAGUUCAUAUUAUGAUAAUAAAGGUUUAUUUUAUGAUGAUAAUGGAGAAAAUUCUAAUUCUAAUUCAUACUCUGGUGAUACAUUAAGUUAUCAAAAAUCGAAAAAAUAUAUUGAACCAACUGCUGAAGAAUUAGAAAAACAACGAUAA